CUGGAGAGAGCAGGGAGAGGGGGGAGCGCCGAGCUAGUCAGAGAGUGAGCGAGAGCGAGAAGGAGGGAGAGGAGGAGAAAGAGAGCGAGGGCGGGCGGGAGGCGGCGGCGGCGGCAGCAGCAGCAGUAAUAGCAGGAGCAGCAACAGAAGGCGUCGGAGCGGGCGUCGGAGCUGCCCGCUGUGGGAGAGAGAGGAGACAGAAAGAGCGAGCGAGGAGAGGGAGCCCGAGGCGAAAAAGUAACUGUCAAAUGCGCGGCUCCUUUAACCGGAGCGCUCAGUCCGGCUCCGAGAGUCAUGGCGACCGCAGCGUCUAACCACUACAGCCUGCUCACCUCCAGCGCCUCCAUCGUGCACGCCGAGCCACCCGGCGGCAUGCAGCAGGGCGCGGGGGGCUACCGCGAAGCGCAGAGCCUGGUGCAGGGCGACUACGGCGCGCUGCAGAGCAACGGACACCCGCUCAGCCACGCUCACCAGUGGAUCACCGCGCUGUCCCACGGCGGCGGCGGCGGGGGCGGCGGCGGCGGCGGGGGGGGCGGGGGCGGCGGCGGGGGCGGCGGCGACGGCUCCCCGUGGUCCACCAGCCCCCUGGGCCAGCCGGACAUCAAGCCCUCGGUGGUAGUGCAGCAGGGCGGCCGCGGCGACGAGCUGCACGGGCCAGGCGCCCUGCAGCAGCAGCACCAGCAGCAGCAACAGCAACAGCAGCAGCAACAGCAGCAACAGCAGCAGCAGCAGCAGCAACAGCGGCCGCCGCAUCUGGUGCACCACGCCGCUAACCACCACCCGGGGCCCGGGGCAUGGCGGAGCGCGGCGGCUGCAGCGCACCUCCCACCCUCCAUGGGAGCGUCCAACGGCGGCUUGCUCUACUCGCAGCCCAGCUUCACGGUGAACGGCAUGCUGGGCGCCGGCGGGCAGCCGGCCGGGCUACACCACCACGGCCUGCGGGACGCGCACGACGAGCCACACCAUGCCGACCACCACCCGCACCCGCACUCGCACCCGCACCAGCAGCCGCCGCCCCCGCCACCCCCGCAGGGUCCGCCUGGCCACCCAGGCGCGCACCACGACCCGCACUCGGACGAGGACACGCCGACCUCGGACGACCUGGAGCAGUUCGCCAAGCAGUUCAAGCAGCGGCGGAUCAAACUGGGAUUUACCCAAGCGGACGUGGGGCUGGCUCUGGGCACCCUGUAUGGCAACGUGUUCUCGCAGACCACCAUCUGCAGGUUUGAGGCCCUGCAGCUGAGCUUCAAGAACAUGUGCAAGCUGAAGCCUUUGUUGAACAAGUGGUUGGAGGAGGCGGACUCGUCCUCGGGCAGCCCCACGAGCAUAGACAAGAUCGCAGCGCAAGGGCGCAAGCGGAAAAAGCGGACCUCCAUCGAGGUGAGCGUCAAGGGGGCUCUGGAGAGCCAUUUCCUCAAAUGCCCCAAGCCCUCGGCCCAGGAGAUCACCUCCCUCGCGGACAGCUUACAGCUGGAGAAGGAGGUGGUGAGAGUUUGGUUUUGUAACAGGAGACAGAAAGAGAAAAGGAUGACCCCUCCCGGAGGGACUCUGCCGGGCGCCGAGGAUGUGUACGGGGGGAGUAGGGACACUCCACCACACCACGGGGUGCAGACGCCCGUCCAGUGAACUCGAGCGGGGGGAGGGGCAGAGCGCGGGGCUCCCCCUCCCCUUCGGUCCUUGGCCCUUUCCCGGCCCUCUUGUUCCCUCUCUAACUUCUGAUUGUUCUUUUAUUUUUAAUUAUUAUUUCCCCGUCCCUUAAAAAGAAAAAAAAUAAGGAAAAAGGAAAGCAACUAAGACACUGGACUAUCCUUUAAAGGUAGCAGGUGUAAUGAUGUGUUUUGACCUUUGCAGGCGAGUAACCAGGCAAUGGAGUGGAGUGUCUCCUGGAGAGAGUGAGGAGAGUGUGUGAUAGAUAGAAAGAGAGAGAGAUAGAGAGAUGGCAAGCACUGAGAUAAAUACCUGGCAAAACUAAAUAAAUUACCAAAAAGGAAAAAAAUAUCCACCAAACCAUGAUAAACACAAAACGCAGCUUCCUGAUGCUUGAAGUUGGCUCAUGCUGCUGUGUUUAUUUAUUGUGAAUUCCCAUCAGGAAACAGGAAAAAAUACACACGUUCUUUGAUACAGGCAAAAUUUAACCCCAUAAAUUUGCACUGCAAGAAAAUUGAAGUUUACAUGAACAAAUUCAUGAACAUAUUUUCUCUUUCUCCCUACCGUUAAUUUGGGAAUUGCCGUUUUGGGGGAUUUUGUUUUGCUUUGCUUUAUUCAUCGGAGAGAGUUGAAGCCAGCUCUUGGCCACUCUCCAUUUCUAAUGUUCUUGUGUUGCCCCUUGUUCGUACUGUUUGUGAACUUUGGUUACCUUCACAUUCCCCUUACGAGGGUGUAACAUCUAUUUGUUCCUCUUACCAAAGCAAAACGAUUGGCUUCAUACAAAAUAGACAAUUCUCUGCUUUCAGGAAAUGUGCAUGGUCUACCCGCUUUAUCGAAGGCAAGAAUCCGGUUUGGAAUAUGAAAAUAAGCAUUGGUUGUUGUUACCAGCCACAAAGUAAACUUCAUUUUCAGGCAGUGUUUCUGGGGGAGGUUAUGGAGGGAAGAAAAAAGAAAAAUCGAUAGUGAGUGACUGAUUGCUUCAUUUUAUCAGGCGGGCCCAUUGUGAAAGAGCUCAGAGGAAAUGUGGAGGUUAAAUAUAUUUCCAGAGUUGUCCAGCAGAAAGAAAGUGGCACUUUGAAGAGAACUAGGGAAGUAUGUAUCUUCAGAUAUCCCUAUAUAGUUCUCUACCUUCAGUUUUAGUAACAAUUAUGAAGAAUUAUUUGUGCUGACAGCAGCAGUUAAACUUUCUUUCUCUAAUAGCUUUUUUUUUACAUAAAAAAAUGACCCAGGAACUUAAUAGUGUAUGCAUAAGAUUGUGUUUUUUAGCACACAGAUACCCACAGCAUACACUGACAAUCUCCACGCAGUAGACAGGUUUUGUCUUCACUAGCUCAUUUGUUUAUCAAGUCAUAGUUAGGGUCCCAUACCCUCUUUUCCUGUAAUUUAUUGCAGAAUAUACCACUUUGACUUGGACAGCUUUCUGCCCCGUCUUUCACUAAGGAAGGCAAAUGAAGUGAAAAAAAAAAAUGCCAUUUUCAAUCCUUCCUUUCUCCCCUUUGUUAAUAGUUUUAAGUGCAUUUUUGACCUUGUCUUGAUGGAAAACGGUUAACUCCAAACACAAAAGACUCUACUGGAAAGUGUAGGUGAAAAAACUUGUAACUGUAUUGAAAAUAAAUACCAUUAAACUGUGAUCAGUUAAAAUUUAAAAGAAAAAUCAGCACAAAAGGGCGCUAAAAGGGAAAACACUUUUUAUUAAGCUUAAAAGUUUGGGGUUUUUUUUCCAGUUAGGUAUUAGAUAAAUUUUUAUUUUAAAAAAUGAAAGUCUCACUACCAUAAAAUUAUGGUUCAGCAUCAGAUUAGCAUUGCACUCAGUAGUCUUUAAGAUUUUAGGAAAUAUGCUUUAUAUUGUCUUUUCAAACACCUGUGAUUGUUUCAUUUUCCAUGUUUUUGCAAGAUAAAUGGUGACUUAUAAUGGGCAUAUUUAUUUGCCUGUAUUUCAUUUCCCCCAAUGAAUGUCACAAGGAGAUGGGCACGGAGCUGCUUCGGGUGCAUCACGCUGCUCGUUCCUGAGGUAUGGGGACUGGCCUUUAGUGAAGCUAUCCAGAGCAGGGCAAAUAGCCACUGGUAAAGGGAGGAAAUGAAUUUUCAGAUACUUAUUACCAAGUAGGUAAGGUCAGAAGCUGGAGUUCAGAGAAUGUGUCUACAGCUUCUCUGACUCUUAUAGGUUUACUAAGAUGAAAGUUACCACUGAACCUUACCACUAUGUAUAUAUGUUUAAUAUCUGUCUUUUGAAAUGCAGAAAUAGUUUAAAUGUUUCUUUGUCUAUUUUUCUUUUUUUUUAAUGCUACCCAGGGAAAUAUUUUCAUAUCAUUUUUAAGUGGCCUGCCUCAAUGUAUAUUUAUUUCUUUUGAAACAAAAAGGUUCUGGAAACUGUUUUUCUGUAGCUUUAAAUGAAUAGGUGAGCAAAAUCUAUAUGGGAUGUAAUUUUUUUGUUCAGUCUCUUAAAAAAUACUUUGUUUUGGUACAUUUGGUUGUGCUUGUGGGGAAAAUAAAAACGCAGAGAUCCUUAUAUAUUUAUGUUAAAGUAAUAUUUUAUUAUCUACAUAAAACAGAAAUGCACAAUACCUUCAUAGUUUGUUCUAAUUAUUGAAAUAUCUUUAUUUUAUUUUUAAAGAUAGUGCCAAGUUUUAAGGGGGGAAAACCCUAGACCUUAAAUUGACUGAGUUGAGUUGUGUGUAAAACACUUCCCUUCCUUUAUACUUCAUAAAGUUUUGGAAUAAAUUUUAUGCAUAUACCGCCAGAUUUCAUGUUCAUAACUUUCAGAGGCUUUUUUUUUUAAUGGAGACUACUGGUCUAAUUCACUUUUCUUUGCAAAAACUAUCAGUCCCAAAUCUUUCAGUCACUAUGCCUGUAGCAUUAAAUUGAAAUGGUCAUUGGGUUUGAGCUUCAAUUUGUUUGCCAUUUCAUGGUCCUACAAAGAGAUAUUUGUCCUCUUUAAACAUAUGCAGAUAUGCCUGCAUCUUCUUUCCAGGUUAACUGUACCUUAUUCAAUUGUGCUCUUGUGGAGAACAUCAGUGGAACUAGGUGGACUUUAAUCUCCACCCACAGGUCCUCAAAUAAUUUGGGAUCUACAGAAAAGCAGGAUUUAGGAGAUUAUUUUUAAUAAUUUACAAAUAUCUCUUAACAAAGAAUAACCCUGAUAGUAUACUAUUAUGUGUUUACUAAAUGAUUAGAGGUAGAUCCUAUACAUUAUUCCUGUUUGGUUUGCAUAAAAAGAUGAAUUUUACAAUGGUUU